UGAUGUUUGUUUACCUGCCAUGAAAGAGGCUCCACCAUGUUGGUCACCGCAUCCCAUGAUGCUUUGUGCCAGGGGACGGUUGUGUUUGUGGCGCUGGGUCUUCACUUCCACGCUCAGCUUGUUCAUUCUCAGCAGUGGAGCUGACAUCACAGCAGCCAGCCAUGAGGAUCCAGGUGUCCGUGAAGCUCGCUCGGUGGGCAAACGGGUGCUCCUUCAGCCGGUGGACUGUGUCCUGUCCGAGUGGAGUCCAUGGUCACAGUGUGACGUCUGUCAGAAGAAAAGGUAUCGCUUUGCCAAAGUGGAGCAGCCAGCACAGUUUGGAGGGCAGCCAUGUGGUCUUGACGGGAGGGAGGAGGAACCCUGCCAGGUUCCAGCCAGAUACACCUGCAACAACAUUCCUCCCUGUGAAGGUUUCUUCUGCAGCCAAACAGGUCGCUGUAUUCCAAGAACACUGCAGUGUAACGGGGAGGACGACUGCUCCGACAUGGCAGACGAGGCAGGCUGCAGCAUGCGGCAGACGCCCUGCAGACACCAGGCGGAGGAGUACUGGGGCAUCGAGAACCUUGCCAAAGGAAUCAACAUCUUGGACAGCCAGCUGCAAGGAGUCGUGUUGGACAACCGCUACUACGCAGGAGGUUGUCUACCACACUACAUCCAGGACGUGGCCUUCAGGAAGCCUCAUAACCUGCAACACUACACUCUGCAGACAAAAGGCUCCUUGGACUUCACCCUGGAGGAGUUCCAGUCCUACUCGGACUACAUGGAGCACACCAUCCGUGAGAGGAUGACCCAGACCUCGGUGACCUUUGGUUUUGCCAUCCCAGGUAUUGUGGAGUUUGGCUUCAACCACAGCAAGGCCAAAUACAACAAGUGGGUCCAGAAGGUCCGCCGUGCUUCAGGCAAGACCCACAGCUUCAUAAGGGCCAAAGCGGAGCUGGAGUUGGCCCAGUACAUGGUCAAGUCCGACAACCUGAUGCUGCACGCUGACUUCCUGCAGCGCCUGAGAUCUUUGCCCCAGUCCUACGUGUACGGCCAGUACAGGCAGGUCUACAGAGACUACGGGACACACUACAUCACGGAGGCCGCCCUGGGAGGGGACUAUGAGUACACCAUGGUCCUGGACAAGGAGAAGCUGAAGGAGACGGUCUACACUCUGACGGACUAUAAGAAGUGUGUCCAGUCGGGCUUUAAGGUGGGCGCCAACAUCUAUGGCGUCUACGUGUCUGCGGGCUACCAAGGUGGCUCCUGCAAUGGUCUCCUGAACGAGAUGGGAGAGGACUCCACCCUGGGCAGCGUGGUGGAGGACACCGUGUCACUGGUGAGAGGUGGUAGUAGCCAGGCCAUCACUGCCCUGGUCUCCCACAGGCUGCCCAGUCCUCAGCUCAUGAGGCUCUGGGGGGAGGGGGUGCGCUUCAACCCAGACUUCCUUCGUACAACGACGCGACCUCUGUACGAGCUGGUGACCUCCAGAGACUUCACCUUGGACCAGGCCUUGAAGAGGAACCUGAAACGAGCCUUGCUGGAGUACCUGGAAGAGGCCAGCUCCUGUCGCUGUGCUCCGUGUCACAACAAUGGUGUGGCCGUCCUGCGAGGCAGCAGAUGUGACUGUGUGUGUCCUGUCGGCUACAGCGGACUGGCCUGUGAGGUCACUGGCAGACAGACAGAAAUGGCCAGGGAUGGCAACUGGAGCUGCUGGGGUUCCUGGUCUUCCUGCAGUGGAAGAAGCAAGACCAGGAUUCGGCAGUGUACCAACCCGGCACCAGAACAUGGCGGCCUGCCCUGCCGAGGUGUGCAGCAGGAGUCAACAGAGUGUUUUUGAACAGGUCCUGGUCCUGGUCCUGGUCCUGGUCCGGGUCCACCUGCCUCAAAGUCUAUUAAACCUCCUU